UCUGUAAAUAAAAGAGAAGUGAAACGGCGGCAGUCCGCUCCGGUUUCUGAACCACCAUGCUCGGCAGAGAGUUGGAGUAAAACAAAUCACAGCAGGUUUUGGAUCUCACACCGAGGUGGCGGCCAUGCCCCGGCUCAGCCCCGCCGCCAUGCUGCAGCUCGGCCUGCUGCUCUGCGCCCUGCCCGCCCAGAUCCUCAUCUGCAGCUGGAGCGGCUCCUCCGCCGCUCAGCGCUACCACGCGACCACACGGUUGCUUCGUAUCUGGAGAGAGUGGAGAACUUCUUCCCUUAAUGCCACAGCAUGGAUGGAGUGGACAAACCAACAGCUGGACAAAGUGAGGUCUCUGGUUGGUUUGGGACAAGACGAUCAGGAGACACAUGUGUCCCCUCCCUUAGAGACCAUGAUUUUUGACAAUGAUCAGGGAUUCUUUGGAGCCUCUAAGAGCGUGCGCAGCCCUCGCCCCCCGUACGUGUUCUUGCGAGUCGGGGAGGUGGUGUUUGAGAGGAAGGGUCACAUGAUCGGGGUGGUGGUGAGCUGGGACGCCGAGCUGCGGGCUCCUCCUGAAUGGGUCGACCGAAUGUUCUCCAACUCUGAGGACACCAAGGCAGAGAAGACGCCACAUUACAAGGUGCUGUUCAGCGGACCUGGACCGUCCUCUCUCCUGGUUGCAUACUUGCCUCAAACGCAGCUUGAGCGCAUCACUGGGACCAAGCCGGACAUUCCCACCCUGGAGAACUACUUCACUCAUUUUGACGGGACCCGGUUCGUCAUGAAGCCGUGGCUCAGGGAGCUCUUCCCAGAGGACGAGAAGGAGGAGGCUUGACUGCUCAGGCUGAGACACCUGGACGACCUCCCCUGCUUGGUGUCCGUCAGCCUGGACUCUGCAGCACCGCUGCUUCCCUCGAACAAUCAUUAAGUCCAAAGU